CCCCCAGCCUAUAUAAGCUUAUUUUUAUUAGCAACACUCACUCACUCAUUGUCACAUUCUGCAGUUCUGCUUGUUGUUACUUGUUAAAGCAAACCACCUCCAUUAAAUAGUAGACAAUGAAGCUUGCUUUCUUUUUGGUCCUCCUGCUCUUGGGACAGAACCUUGCAGCUGCUCCUUCCCGCCAUCAUGACGUCUUUCAAAAGAAGCUCUUGCCUCGGUUUGCACUUCAAAUUGAGAGUCCCAAUGCUGAUUAUAAAUACUGUGGGCUGUGCAUUAAUUUUGCUGACCAAUUCCUUCAAAACCUCUUGAACCUCAUACUAAAUGUUGGUGUAAUUGGAGGCUGUACUGACCUAUGUGGGAUGCUGCCUGGCAGUAAUGUUGAGAAGGAAGUGUGUGAGGUUCUAUGUAGUGUUGCUGGUUUCUACGAAUUCGUACAAAUCAUUCAAGAAGCUGAUCUUGAUCCCAUUUACUACUGUGAGCUAUUGAAUCAAUGCGAGAUCAAAGAUGACGGCGAUGCUACCAUUACUGAUCUUACAGUAAAGCCAAAGCUAGUCCCCAGAGGAAGUACGUUUGAAAUCUCUUUUACUUUUGCCACAAAGAAUGGAACUGGGACAGGAGAGGUCUAUCUUGGAAUUGAUACCAGAGAUGGCAUCCCUCUUGAUUCAAGCGAGUUACUGAAACCUCUUCCUGCUGGGCAGUCUGUUUCUACUGAUGGCACAGUCUCAGCUGAGCCAGGUAGAUACUGCAUUGAAGAGGGAAUAUGUGAGGAAUGGAUACCAGGAAACUACACUAUUGUUGUUGCUGUCUGCAAUGGACAGUGUGGUAGCAAUCAUCCACACAGUCAGUUAUACGACUUGAAAAGACUCAGCUUCAACAUCACUGAGGACGCCAUAUAAAGAAGAGCAAUGCUCGAUAAAAGCCUAAAUAUAAACUACUUCCCCAAAUCCCUAGAUUUUUGUUGUUGAUCUAGAUCUACUUGAGUGUUCUUUUUGUUAAAAUAAUCAUUUACCAUUGA